GCAGGGAAACACGCAUGCGCAGUAAAAACCCUUCAGCUCUCGGGUGGGAGUCCUUAAAGGGCCAGCCAAGGGAAGAGGGCUGGGAGUGACAUGAGGGAAACGGCUCAGGGAUAAGAGGCGGGCAUUGCCUUUCUUUGCCUCAGGAAGGUGACAAUUCCACAAUGGCGUCGCCAGCGACCGGCCUUGGUGAAGCGGUGUCCGGGCCGAGGCCGGCGCCUCCGGUGUCAGUGGCGGCCGUGCUGCCUGCCGGAGGGAGCGGGGAGCGGAUGGGCGGCGGGACCCCGAAGCAGUUCUGCGACCUGUUGGGGCGGCCGCUCGUCAGCUAUACCGUGCAAGCCAUGGAGAGAAUCAGCUGGAUAUCUGAUAUAGUCGUGGUGGUAUCACUAGAAAAUGUUGAAAAAAUGAAGUUUAUUGUAAAAAAAAUUGGCCACAAGAAGACAACAGUGGUUGAAGGUGGAAUGACUCGCCACAGAUCUAUCUUCAAUGGAUUGGAUAUAUUUGUAAAGAGCAACCAUUCUAGUCAACUCCUCAAGAAACCAGAAGUUGUAAUAAUCCAUGAUGCUGUGAGGCCAUUUGUUGAGGAGGACAUUCUUUUUAAAGUCGUUAUGGCUGCCAAAGAGCAUGGGGCAGCAGGAGCAAUCUGUCCUCUUGUCUCCACUGUUAUUGCUUCCUCUGCAGACGGAUGUUUAGACCAUUCACUAGAUCGUGCCAAAUACAGAGCAAGUGAAAUGCCUCAGGCUUUCUUAUUUGAUAUAAUUCAUCAAGCAUAUCUACAGUGUAGUGAUUAUGACUUUGAUUAUGGAACAGAGUGUUUACAUCUGGCUCUAAAAUACAGCAAAACAAAUGCUAAACUUAUUGAAGGGCCUCCAGACUUGUGGAAGGUGACCUACAGGAGGGAUCUCUAUGCAGCUGAAUCUUUAAUUAAGGACACCAUGUCACAACAACUUUGUAUUAUCAGUAAUAUAAAUGAAAAUGCUAGGCAGGUAGGAUUUCUACUUCAUGAAACCCUGAAGGAUCAUGUGAAAGUCAUUACAAGUACAUCAACAUCUGUUUCUGAAAAUGAUAAUCACUUGCAAAACAUGUUAUUAGACCAUUGCUAUAACUUUGUCUGCAUAAAUGAUGAACUGAAUGGCCUUCAAGAGACUCAUCAGCUACUAAAAAUACUUGAAAGCAGAAAUGCUUCUGUUCUAUAUUCUGUUGUUCUCAUCUCAGUGCACUUGGAUAUUUUAGAAAAUACAUUUUCGAGCAGUGGAAUGCAAAGCUUAACUAAACUUGCAAAGGAAGCAAAGAAGAAGAAUAUUUUUCUUUAUGGUCUCAUUAUGGAUUACAGGAAGGACAAUUUGAAACUUCAAGAGACCAUAGGUUUGGCUGCUUCACUUAUCACAGCCUUAAUAAGGGACAGAAAUCCCAUCUUUGUUGGCCAGAUUCUAGUAGCAUGAAAAAGAAUAACCAAUAUUUCAGGAGAUUUUCUCCAAUUUUUCAGAUUUCUUUUUUUUAAAAAAAAAACCUUCUGCGUUUAUGUUCACAAAAAGGGGAAGAAAACCAAACGUGUUAGGAAGAAAACGACAUUAUCUACAAAUAUGCAGAUUGUUUCAGCAGAAACAGUAGUCUGACUGAAAUAAAAUUCAGAAAAAUGACCGAGUGUUUCCCAAAAUAUCUGGUGUGAGGGACCAGCAUUUUUCCCUUAAAGUUCUAGAAGAUGGUAUCUUAUUUGUGCUAUUAAUAGCAUCAUGGCAUCAAUCUGCAGACUCCCAUUCUGAGCAGCACUGUAUUGAAAAUCUGUUUCUGUAAAAAGAAAAUUGAGACUUUUGAAAAGAAGCACACCUAGGUACUUUGGAUGAAACUAUUAAUAUAUAAGAGGGAUAUUUUAUGUGAAAUAUAUUUACUAUAAGUACAGAAAGUUAAAUUGUAUGCUGCCUUGAAAGCCUUUGGGCACAGAAAAUAAUGAUGAUACAUGAAAAGUAUAGGGUUUUUGUGUUCUAACAAGACAUAAAUGUGGAAUGAAUUAAAGUCUGUAGGGUCUGAGCAUGCCCAACUUUACUAUUCUCAAAAAAAAAAACCAAAAAACCAUGAGGAGAUAUAAGCAUCUAUGUAACCUACCUUUUGGAAUAAAUGCAACUAUUUUUAUUG